UUCACCUAAUUUGGAAUAUACAAUGAAGCGUUUAACCGAGCGAGUGCACCACGAGGAGAUCGAGUCCGAGGAGGUGGUCUGGGUGAAGCGGGAGGACGCCCGCUCCGCCAGCAAGCUGCCCAUCGUCUUCUCCCGGCAGUAUGCGGUGCGCUUUGCUGGCCUUGAACGCCUACAUCCGUUCGAUGCGGCCAAGGGCAAGCACAUACAGAAGAUCCUGUGCGCCGAACUGCAGCUUGAUGGCGGCAGCUUCUACGAGCCCAAGGAGCUGAGCAAGGACCAGCUGCGACGCAUCCACACCCGGGAUUACCUCAAAUCACUGCAGUGGAGUAUGAAUGUGGCCUGCAUCGCAGAGGUGCCGGUGAUGGCCUUUGUUCCGAAUCGCUACAUUCAGCGAUCCUAUUUGCGUCCUAUGCGCUUCCAGGCAGCCGGCUCCAUUCUGGCCGGCAAGCUGGCCUUGGAUUACGGUUGGGCCAUCAACCUGGGCGGUGGAUUUCAUCACUGCUGCUCCUACAGGGGCGGCGGCUUUUGUCCGUAUGCGGACAUCUCUUUGCUCAUCGUCCGGCUGUUUGAGCAGGAACCUUACCGGGUGCGCCGCAUCAUGAUUGUGGAUCUGGACGCUCAUCAAGGCAACGGCCAUGAGCGCGACUUCAACAACGUGGCAGCCGUCUACAUUCUGGACAUGUACAAUGCGUUCGUUUAUCCGCGGGAUCAUGUGGCCAAGGAGAGUAUACGCUGUGCCGUGGAGCUAAGGAACCACACCGAGGAUGCUUUCUACCUGAGGCAAUUGAAACGCUGCCUGAUGCAGUCCCUGGCCGAAUUCCGUCCGGACGUGGUUAUCUACAAUGCAGGCACCGAUGUGCUCCGGGGGGAUCCACUGGGCAAUCUGGCCAUCUCGGAGGAGGGCGUGAUGGAACGGGAUAGGUUGGUGUUCAGCACAUUCCGAGCGUUGGGCAUUCCGGUGGUUAUGUUGCUGAGUGGGGGCUAUUCGAAAGCAUCCGCCGGGGUCAUCGCAAGUUCCAUUGUUAAUCUCCGGCAACAGGGAUUGCUAAAUUAAAGGAAUUAAAUUAUUUUAGAAUUAAUAUUACCAAAGUAGUGCCGUACAAACUAGUUUUGGAUAAGUACAUUGUCAAUUUCUUCCGCACUGCGCAUUUCCUUAGCUUUUUAGAGAACUAUACAGACACUACUCCUUUACACUAGCACCAGUGUACUGCUUUGGUAGCCAGUAAGAGAAAAAUAACUAUUCGUAAAUCCCUUUCCGGUUGGCUUGCCUCAAUCGUUGGGAUCUUGCUGAAGGAUUUGUAUAACCGAGAGCUGUGAAUGAAAAUGCAUAACCUGAUUGCUUACAGUAUUACCUGAAAAAUUCGGAUAAUAAGACAUUGGUUUACACCUUAUCAAAAUUUAUUAAACAUAUAUAAUUUAAAGUCGUUAUAAUAAUUAUUUGUCUUCUAUGAAGUGAUGAUUUCAGAUCAUUAAGUUCAGUAUCGCAAUAGAUGCAGAAGGUAUAAAUAUUUCCAGUGUUGUAUGAUUUAUAGCAGUUUCUUGUCAAUAUUUGUACAGACGUCUCUUCCUUGGCAUUCUCAGAGGUUCAAUUUAGUUUAUCUCUAUGUACAAUGCAAAACGGGCCGGACAAGUAGAAAGAAUUUCAUUCGUAGUAUAGGUUUUGUCGCAAUUGGUUAAAUGUCUAUAUAUGAUACAACAUAGUCGCUAGAGGCUAAUUUACUUGUUUAAAAUACAAAAAUACAUAUAAAUAAAGGUUUGCUUAAUGGUUUAAAUAAGA